UUGGAGAGCGACAGACCGAAAGCGAGAUGGGAGCAGUGGUGAGUCCACAUUGAAAAACGUGAAUCUGUGUGAUGUUAAUGUGAGGGAAGGCAGGGGAUGCAGACGGAGCACACAGGUUUAGUCAGCCAGCCUCAGGUCACAUCCAUGCCCUCUGGGGCCGACCUCUGUCAGCUGCUGUCUGGAAAACAACCUGGAAGAACUAAAAGGAAAUUUCUGGAUAAGUGACCUUUGGAAAGAAGUUGGAGCAAAGCACUUCCUCCUCCUCCCUCUUUUGCUUGAAACAGAGAAGAAUUGAAGAGAAGGGAGAAUGACAGAUGUUUUUAAUUUGUACCUUCACAAAGAGGAGGCAGAGGUGGAGGUUUGUGUGCCAGUGUGACAACGUUGGGGGACAGUGGAGAUUUAUAGCUCUAAUUGUACUGUUAGUGUUUUUUGGUUUUUGUUGAGGGGAAGAUGAAAAGCUCAGACUAGAAGAGGGAAGGAGAGCAAGGAAUCAGAGGUUAGAGGAGGAAGGAGAGACAAGUAAACACACCUCAGAUGGAAUCAUGGGACUGAUGAACUAAUACCUUUUCUGUGCUCACAUUUACUCCAAAAAGCCACCAUCCAGGAAGGAAUAUGGAGAUAAUCUGACCUCUUCAUCCUCUGUUAAGUUAUGACCACCAUACCAACAGAAAGCCCAUCCAUGGAGGUGAAGGGAGUCCCUCAGGAGAUGGCGAUGCUUAGCAAUUUACUGGCAGCGUACACCUUCAUUGCAGACCAACCUGAGAGAACAGCCCUGGUGUUUCUCGGCGGUGUGUGUGCCGGCCUCCUUGUCACGCUGUGCGCCAUCGUCUUCCAGAUACACUGUCGUGCCGACUGCCACUAUGGCAACAGCAAUGAUCUUCAUCACCGUCACAAGAGACAACGCCAUCGACGCCACAGGCACAGCUGCAUCCAAAAUCCUCAUGGUGACGGUAACCCAAUCAACACUUGUGCUGUUGUGACCUCUGGAGGAAUUGGAGCCACCGGAGACAGCCAGCAGGAGGAGGACAUGGACGACACAUCUGAUAUUUCAGCAAGGAGACGCAGACGCUUCGAGAGGGCUUUGGUGCAGGCCACCAUGUUUACAUCCUCUGAGGAGCUGGACCGUGCCCAGCGAUUAGAAGAACGGGAACGCAUCCUCCGGGAGAUUUGGAUGAAUGGACAACCAGAAAUCAAUACAGUCACUCAAAGCCUCAACAGAUACUACUGAUGCUGCAGUAAACAGAGAGACAAACAGAGACUGAGAUGCAGGAACACUGGAAAGAUGGAAACGGGAAAGUGGAACAAUGCGGAGCAUAAACAUGAACCCUGACUUCACUGGGAAGAUGAGCUGAAAGUUUGCACUAAAGAAACUACUAAGCUGUUGCUGCCGGGAUCACAUAAAACAGCUUUUUUAUGUUGUAAGUGAUGCGAUGGCCCCGUCUUCCACACACCACGGGCAAAAGUGAAAGGAAAAAGACCAGAAUAGAGAUGAUGACGGAAAGGGAUCGCAGAGACUGCUUUAGCACAAUUCUAAUAGCAGAAACAAAGAAAGUCACUGAAAAAAGACUAAACUUGAAAGAGACUUUUGAGACCAGCAACAUGGAAGUUUGCAAUUCAUAAGUGAACUGUUAAAACAUGAUUUAUGGAAUUGUGGACCAAUGUACCUUUUUAUUUUCACUCUCAUUGUUUGCAUCCCUGCUGUGACUUUCAUUGAAAAGGGGAAAAUGUAAAGAAGAGAGCAAGAUAUUCUUGCAGAGAAAAUUGCAUAUAAAACGUUUCUUUGAAAAAAAUGACCACAGAAAUCCUGCAGCAGAUGAUGAUGCUUUUUUCUAAAUCUCCUGUUGCAGAAAUUCCACACUGAUACAAACAAGAAGUAGAAUGCAACUUAUAAUGUGUGUUUAAGAUUGAUUUUAUUUAGCUUUAAUGGAUUAAUUAAGUUAAUAAACUUUGCCUAAAGAAA